UCUGUGUGAUCAAACGCGCCAGCUACUGCUAAAGGCUAGCGAGCGAAAUCACUGAGUUAACUUUCCAAUUUAUUCCUACUGAAGAAAGGGUACAAAAUGAGUGAGGUAGCGGGAUCAAGCAAGAACCGAAGACUUAUGACUUCCAUGCGGAAUGGGAGAUGAUUUUUUUUCCCACGAUGUCAUAUUCGAAGUGCGUUUGUCUGAUCUGCCAAGCUACCAUUGCUAUUCCGAAAAAGGGAAAUGUGGAGCGGCACUUUAGGACUGUUCAUAAAAACUACGACUCCGACUUCCCUCCAAAAAGCGAGCUGAGAAAUUAGGAAGGUGAAGGAACUAAAAGCACAGCUGUCCGGACAGCAGUCAUUUUUCUCACGACUGACUUCAAAUGCUAAGGCAGCCACCGAAGCAUCGUUCCGGGUGAGUCACUUCAUCAUUAAACACAAGAAGUCAUUCCAAGACGGAGAGAUCGGGAUUUUAAAAACAAAACCGAAAUAUUAUCUUCAAUCAGAGCUCUCCAACUAUCAAGAAGUACAGUUACACGGCGCUGUGAAGUCAUGGCUGAGGAUUUGACACAACAGCUUUGGAAGGACAUCACAGAUUGCGAGUGUUUCUCACUGCAAUCGGAGGAGUCUACGGACGCAAGUAAUACAGCCCAGUUGUGCGUUUUUAUUCGGAUGGUGUUUACAGAUAUGACUGCCAAAGAAGAGCUGUUAACAAUACUGCCCAUGAAAGAAUUUUUCAGUCUUUUAAAGACUUCAUUGACAAAACCCAGCUCCCACUGUGCAACUUGAUAUCAGUCACCACGGACGGUGCGGUUGCAAUGGUUGGCAACGCAAAUGGAUUCAUUGCCAAGUGCAGGAAAGACGAUGCUUUCCCUGACUUCCUUAAUAACCAAUGCAUAAUACACCAACAAGCCGUAUGCGCAAAAAUGCUAAACAUGAAAGAGAUCAUGGAUGUGGCAACAAAGAUCGCCUGUUCUAUACGUGCUAGAUCACUUCACAGACGGCUGUUCCGUGCGCAUCUGGAGAAGGCAGACCGCGACCACUCUGAGCUCCUGCUACACACUGACGUGAGAUGGCUUAGUAGGGGUAUAUUCAUGCAGAGAUUUCAAGAGCUCUGUCCGGAGAUAAGGGAGUUUCUUUUUGCUGUUAAACAUGCAGAGUACACCCAACUCAAUGAUGAUCAGUGGCUGCUGGACUUGGCAUUUUUAACCGAUCUGACCAACAUGUUAAAUGAGCUUAAUUUGGAGCUGCAAGGAAAAGACAAAACCGUGGCCAAUAUGCUCAGCUCAGUUAAUGCCUUUAAACGGAAAAUGCAACUUUUGUCCUCAAAGCUGCAGCGCCAUGAUUUUGGGAACUUCCAAAACCUUGCGUCAGAGCUGGAGACGCAGCGGAAGGCUUGUGCGCAAUUUAACAUUGCACGCUACACGGAGCAGACUGACAGCUGUCGGUCAGAGUUUGACAGACGCUUUCAAGACUUUGCUUUACUGGAGCCAGUCGCUACAUUCAUGUGCUACCCAUUUAGGGACAAUGUUGAGGUUGAUUCAGUCGCAUCGAAAAUUGCAACGCUGUUUCACCUGAACUCGUCUGAAGUGGAGGAUGAGAUUUUGAAACUACAGACUGACAUUCAGCUGAAGUCCAGAGCUCAUGCACAGUUUUGGAACUUACUCACAGGGGAAAAGUACCCAAACAUGAGGAAAUGUGCAACCUCCUUGACUGCAUUAUUUGGCUCUACUUAUUUAUGUGAGUCAGCCUUUUCCCACAUGAAGAUUAUUAAGUCCAAAUACCGUUCCACACUGUCUGAUCAUCAUUUGGAGGCCUGCUUGAGGCUGGCUACCAGCAGCUAUUGUCCGGACUAUGCAACCCUGGCUGAUUCUAUUCAGUGCAAGUCAUCAGAGUAAGCUGGCAGUGCCCACGAUUCUAACCCUGCUGCCCGGGCAACUGCACAUGCUAAAGGAGGUGGUGGAGAAAGAGAGACAGAGAAGAAGAGCUCUAGCGCUCUCGAGAGCCCCUUCAUCUCCCCUCUCCCUCCCUCUGGUAGGAGAGAUCCCUGCUUGUUUCAGGCCUGUCUCUCGUACAGAAGCCGAGGUUCUGUUAGAGCGUCACCCAGACUGUAGUAACAUGUUGCUAAGACCGGGCAGAGACGCCACGUCACUUGCAGUAACCACACGACAAGACCUUAAUGGCUCGGUGUUCAGACACUUACGGGUUACCCAGAAGUCUCAGGGAGGUUACAUCAUCGAUGUGGAAAACCCGAUCCCGUGUCCCACCCUUUAUGAUGUCAUUAACGCACUAGUCGAAAAAAUAGCUGGGACACUUCAGCCUUUUCUACUGGAGGAGCCUUAUGAAGAGAAUAUCACGUACAUUUCAUCCAACGAUGAGAACGGACACUGUGCACCCAUUGGCACUUUCUCCAGAGGACCCUCACUGUCCCCGAAAGGUACAAGACCUCAGCUCACCUCAGCAUUUUACUCUCAGAGAAUCUAA